AUGGGUGGGAAAAUAGACCGAAACGUCAACAGAAACGGUGGUCCCCCAAUCUUCCGUAUAAGUGGCCAGAACUUCCAUUACAUUGGCAGUCUAUUGCCGGUAGAUGGCAUGAAACCGCAUUUCGCGCAGCUGUAUAUCUAUGAUACCAACAAUGAAAUGGACAACCGUGUCAAUUCUGUUAGGCAAGAUGGUAAGCGAAACGACAUUCAUGUUGAGAUUGUCAAUGUGAUUCAAUCUGUUUUGGAUGAACACAAUGUGUUGGUCAAAACCUUUCGCAUGGCACGAGAUGAACUACAAAAUAAUCCAACCGCUGAGGUUAAGAUAAAAUUGCUUGGUAAGAGAUCAAGGGAUGCUAGGACAUACAACUUGCCACAGGUCUCAGAGGUUGCUGCGUUGAUUGUUGGUGAUAUCGAUACUAAUAUUGGUGAACGCGACAUUCUGGUUGAAACAAAGAGCGAUUUGUUCAUCACGUUUACUUGCAACCCCAAGUGGCCUGAGAUACAACGGUUCUUGAGUUCAAGAAAUCUCAGGGCAGAAGAUCGUCCAGACAUAAUAUGUAGAAUAUUCAAAUUGAAGUUGGAUGCUCUACUAUCAGAAUGCCGAAAGAACAAGUUAUUUGGCCCAGUCAUUGGAGUGAUCUAUACUAUAGAGUUUCAAAAAAGAGGACUACCGCAUGCUCAUAUACUUUUGUUUCUGGAUAAAAACAAUCGAGCAGAAAGUGGGAUAAAUCUGGACAACAUCAUUUCAGCUGAAUUACCUGACCAAGAAAGAGAUCCAGAAUACUUCAAAGUUGUUGAGGAGUUUAUGAUGCAUGGACCUUGCGGGAAAGCACGGAUGACUUCUCCAUGUAUGGCAAAUGGUAAGUGUACUAAACACUUUCCCAAGAAGUUUGUUAAUACAUCAACUGUGGACGAGGAUGGGUAUCCUAUAUACCGCAGAAGAGACAAUGGCAGGUCUGUCAUGCGCAAUGGUAUUGAGUUGGAUAAUAGGUACGUAGUACCACACAGCAGACAUUUGUUACUGAAGUAUAGGGCUCAUAUUAAUGUGGAAUGGUGUAAUCAAUCACGGUCAAUCAAGUAUUUGUUCAAGUACGUAAACAAGGGCCAUGAUAGGGUUACCGCAGAGUUUUACAAAUCCAACAGCGAUGAUGAAAGUCCAAAAGUGAUCGAUGAAAUCAAUAUGUUCUAUGACUGUCGGUAUAUUUCUCCGUGUGAAGUAGCUUGGCGAUUGUUUGGAUUUGAUAUACAAUUAAGGACACCAUCUGUUGAGCGAUUGAGCUUUCACUUGCCCAAUCAACAAAGUGUUAUAUUCGCAGAUGACGAUCCUGUUGAUAACAUUCUCAGCCGUCCAACAAUUUUGCAGAGCAUGUUCUUAGAAUGGUUUGAGGCUAAUAAAACCUACCCAGAUGCAAAACAACUUACAUAUGCCGAGAUGCCCACUAAAUUUGUAUGGAAGAAAGAUGUUAGGAAAUGGGAUGCGUGUUCUGCCAGGGGAUUAGUAGACGACGACAAGGAGUAUGUUCAUGCUAUAGUAGAAGCAAGUCAAUGGGCGACCGGUGUUAAUUUGAGAAGAUUGUUUGUCACACUAUUAAUGUCAAACUCAAUGGCUAAACCUGAAAUUGUGUGGGAAGCUGCGUGGCACUAUUUGGCUGAGGAUGCACAAUUCAAAAUUAGAGCUCAAUUGGGGAUUACAGAUUUGAUUUUAUCUGAAGAUGAGAAAAAGAAUUUCGCACUUCGCGAGAUAGAAAUAAUGCUUUCUGCUAUCGGAAAGAGUUUGAAAGACUUUCCGUUGAUGCUAAUGCCGGAUUUAGAGAUUCAUGAUAGAACCACCAAUCGUAUGAUACAAGAGGAAUUAGCAUAUGAUAUUAAUGUCAUGAAGGAAGAGAAUGAAAAAUUGGUGCAUCAACUCACCGAAGAGCAAAGGGCUAUAUAUGCAAAUGUUUUGCAAGAUGCCGAGAACGAUCUUGGAGGGCUGUUUUUUGUUUAUGGAUACGGUGGAACUGGGAAAACGUUCUUAUGGAGAGCAUUGUCGUCUGCUUUAAGGUCAAAUGGUGAUAUAGUUUUAAAUGUGGCAUCAAGUGGUGUAGCAUCGCUUCUAUUACCAGGAGGUAGAACUGCGCAUUCUAGAUUUUCAAUACCAAUUGCUGUUAAUGAAGAUUCAACAUGCAACAUCAGUCAAAGCAGUCUUUUGGCAAAAUUGUUAAUGCAAUGUAAGUUGAUCAUUUGGGAUGAGGCACCGAUGAUGCAUAAGUUUUGCUUUGAAGCUUUAGACCGUAGUAUGAGAGAUAUCAUGCGUGCCAAAAAUCCAAAUAGCUUGGAUAUGACUUUUGGUGGGAAAACCGUGGUGUUAGGUGGAGACUUCAGACAGAUUCUACCAGCCAUUCCAAAGGGCACCAGGCAAGAUAUUGUUGGAGCAAGUGUCAAUGCAUCAUAUCUUUGGAGAAGCUGUAAAGUAUUUAGGCUAACAAAGAAUCUCAGGCUAAGGUCAUUGCAAUCAGAAACUGAUGUUCAACAGAUUGAAAAAUUUGCAAAGUGGAUUGCUAAUAUCGGUGAUGGAACAAUUGGUGAGUCUUUACAUGGAGAAUGUGAGAUAAAUAUUCCUGAAGAAUUUGUGCUAACUUGUGCUGAGGAUCCAAUUUCUACAAUGGUUGAUAGCAUAUUCCCUAUGUUUCGCAGAGGUCAUAGUGAUAUUCAAUAUCUAAAAGAUCGUGCUAUUUUGGCACCAACACUGGAUAUUGUGGAUGCAGUAAAUGAAUACAUGAAUAACUACAAUAAUUCAGAAGGAAGGACGUAUCUCAGUUGUGACUCGGUCUGUAAAUCAGAUUCAAAUGUUGACAUGCUUGCUGAUUUGCACACUCCUGAAUUUUUAAAUGGAUUAAGGUGUUCAGGAGUGCCAAAUCACUCAUUGACUCUAAAAGUUGGGUCUCCAGUUAUGCUUCUGAGGAAUAUUGAUCACUCAUUGGGGUUGUGCAAUGGUACAAGAAUGAUAAUUACAAAGUUGGCAGAUCAUGUGUUAGAAGCUCAAAUACUAUGCGGUGCAAGUGCCGGUACAAAAGUCCUAAUUCCAAGAAUGUCCUUAACACCUUCUGAUCCAAGAUUGCCUUUUAAGUUCCAAAGGAAGCAAUUCCCACUAAUGUUGUCAUAUGCAAUGACAAUAAAUAAAAGCCAAGGCCAGACACUCUCCAACGUGGGUUUGUUUUUGAAGAGACCGGUUUUUAAUCAUGGUCAAUUGUAUGUAGCAGUGUCAAGAGUGAGUAAUCCGAAGGGAUUAAAAAUUCUUAUUUGGGAUGAAAAUGUAAAAUAA